AUGACGAUGCAACAAAAGGAACAAAAUGCAUUAAGGGAAGAACUGGCUACAAACAAGGCUGACCGACAGAACCAACAGCUUCUCACCUCAAAAGGGGCAAGUUCGAUCGAAAUCGAAGAAAACAAGCCGUGUUUGGAGCCAAAACUUACCAACAACAAACAAAUAGGAAGAACCAGGUGUGCGGACCCACCUACUUUCAGUGGAGAACAAGGGGAAUUGGACAACUUCCUUGCAGCAUGGAGCUUGAAGCUUUGCCAACCAGGAUCAAUGGAAGUUGUUGAAGUAGGACCUUAUCCUGAACACCUGAGUACUCAAAGAUUGCAGAUACCUUUUCAAUCCAUUGAUCCACAUCCUCAUUAUCUCUACCACCAAACUUUGCACGGAGUUCGGUUACUUCUUGUUGUGCAGCCUCCUGAUCUUGCUGAGUGGUGGCAAGCACAUCUUGAAGAUGUGCUUCAAGCUCUUGUUCCUUGGUACGCAUGGAGUGUCGAGCUUCCUGCAGUUGGAUGUUGGUGUCUUGAAGUUGUUGUUGGAGUUGAAGUACCUGUUGGUGGUGGAGUUUGUGAUGGCGAGGUAUCUGCAGCAGGUGGAGCAGAUGAAGAUCGAUGUCGAGAUGGUGUCGGAGUAAGAGGUGAAGUUGUGCCUAUAUUGAAGAGAAUGGCAGGAGGAUUUCCAAGUGUUGAAGUCUUGAAAGCUAGAAGUGUCAGUAGUAGAGAGCUGGAGGCAGUAGUAGUACUAGUAGGAGUACUAAUAGGAGGAGGAGGAGAGGGGCACAGGGGCACAGAAGGACCUAUAGUCCAGCUUCUACAGAAGCUCUUCCCAGAUAUCCCAAUGGAGUCUGAGGGCUGGAUACUGAACCAGAACUCUGUGAUGUGGGUAAUACUAGUCAGCAAUGAUCAAAGCGGAGAAUGUAUCCACGAUGUCAAGGAUACUGCCCACCCUGGGACAGAGGACAAAGGACAAGGGGACAAGGACUAG